UCCUCGGAUGAAUUUUCUUCUUCUUCUUCUUCUUCCGAUGACGAUAAUGGCAAUGCCAGCCAGACUGCCGCCCCUGUUAGGGGUUCUUAGGGAAAUCGGGGUGGUGCUCGUGGCGGUCGUGGCGGUGGUUCGGCUUGUGGCGGUCGCGCCAAUGGCGCAGCUGCAGCACGUGUCCCUCUUCCAGCUGAGCGCGAAGAUAAAGAUGACGAUGAUGAAAAUGUGGGCGAGGAUGAAAUUGUGGGCGAGGAUGAAGAGUAGGGGAUUUUUUCCCAUCCAUGUAUAAUAGCUUUUCUGGGGCUUGCUCCCCUCUUUAACAACGAAAGUGUCUCUUGUGCUC